UCGGAGUUGAAAGGAACUUCCUUUAAUACCGAAUUUCGAGUGUAUCGAAACAGUCAUAAAAACAGUAUAUUAUAGUAAUAGUUCCAUAGUGCUGUGGUUAUGGAGGUGAAGGCCAGAGCUCCGGGGAAAAUCAUUCUAUCCGGCGAGCACGCCGUCGUCCACGGAUCCACCGCCGUCGCCGCCUCCAUCGACCUCUACACCUACGUCACUCUUCGAUUUCCCACUCCGUCUGACGAUGAUGACAACUUGAAACUCCAGCUUAAGGAUAUGGCAUUAGAAUUUUCAUGGCCAAUUGGUAGAAUAAAAGAAGAACUGCCCGGCUUGGGUUGUCCUGAUUCAUCAAUAGCAACCUCAUGCUCAAUUGAGGCAGCGAAAGUACUUGCAGCUCUAGUUGAGGAACAAAAUAUUCCAGAGGCAAAGAUCACACUUGCUUCUGGAGUGUCAGCUUUUCUUUGGUUGUACACAUCUAUCCAAGGAUAUAAGCCUGCCACGAUAGUUGUCACUUCUGAGCUUCCUAUAGGUUCAGGUUUGGGGUCCUCUGCUGCAUUUUGUGUUGCACUCUCUGCGGCUUUGCUUGCGUUUUCGGACUUGGUAAAGAUAGAUUUGAGCCACCAAGGAUGGGUAAUGUUUGCGGAAGAUGAACUUGAUCUGCUAAACAAAUGGGCUUUUGAAGGUGAAAAGAUAAUCCAUGGAAGGCCAUCUGGAAUUGACAAUACUGUGAGCACUUAUGGUAACCUGAUCAAGUUCAGGUCGGGGAGUUUGACACGCAUCAAGUCCAAUUUGCCCCUCAAAAUGCUCAUCACAAACACAAAAGUUGGAAGAAACACAAAGGCUCUAGUAGCUGGCGUCUCUGAGAGAACCUUAAGGCACGCAAAUGCCAUGAGUUUUGUGUUCAACGCUGUAGAUUCGAUUAGCGAGGAACUAGCCUCAAUUAUCCAGUCACCCAUUGGUGACGACCUGUCAGUGCCUCAGAAGGAAGAGAAGAUAGAGGAGUUAAUGGAAAUGAAUCAAGGUUUGCUCCAAUGCAUGGGGGUCAGCCAUGCUUCAAUAGAAACUGUUCUUCGAACGACAUUGAAGUACAAAUUGGCUUCCAAAUUGACAGGAGCUGGUGGUGGAGGAUGUGUUCUGACACUCUUGCCCAAUUUACUAUCAGGUACGAUUGCUGACAGAGUAACAUCUGAUCUGGAGUCAUCCGGGUUCCAGUGUUUCACUGCUGGAAUUGGAGGAAACGGUGUUGAGAUUUACUUGGGUGGUUCAUCCUGAUUUUUUUCAGUGGAGUAAGUUCAAGCUAUACUGUCAACCAAUAAUUAAGAUGCACAAAUUGCUACCGUCCUUGUUACCGCCUCUGUUUGUACACCAAUCUGUUGUAAUUUUGAUUCUGACUGUUGAGUUGAUUUAAACAGCAUUUUCCUUGUUGGCCAUCCGUUUUACAAAGUAAUUUCUCAUUUGUACCACACAGCAACCUCGCAAGUAACACUUGAUUAUAAUUAAGAGAGUCGCAUCAUCUUAUGGAUUAAAUUAA